AAUAGAAACCCAUAUCAAACAGAUACAGAUAGUUUGCAGAAGAUUAAAACCAGAAUACUAUCGCCCUUGCUGUCAUAUUUUUACCUAUCUGUAACAGACGUAGUACACAGACCCUCUAUGUGCAGCAGCUUUAUCAUCUCUAUACAUCUUAUAACUGAAUUUGCUGGUCAGGAUGCUGAACGUUCCAUCCGCCUCAUUCCCAGUCCCCAGUUCCCAGCAGAGGGUAUCCGCAGGUGCCAGAAGUAAGGUUCCUCUGAAGCCUGGAAGGAGUCUUAUGGACUGGAUCAGAGUGACAAAGAGUGGAAAAGACCUAACAGGGUUGAAAGGAAGGUUAAUUGAAGUGUCAGAAGAAGAGCUUGCAAAACACAAUAAAAAGGAUGAUUGCUGGAUGUGUAUUAGAGGAAUGGUGUAUAAUAUCACUCCGUACAUGGAAUAUCAUCCUGGUGGUGAAGAGGAGUUAAUGAGAGCAGCUGGUACAGAUGGAACAGACCUCUUUGAUCAGGUUCACCGUUGGGUUAAUUACGAAUCAAUGUUAAAAGAAUGUCUUAUUGGAAGAAUGGCUGUAAAACUUGUUUCUGCAUCAAAAGGAACAGUAUCAGAAACCAAGAACGAACAAUUUAAUGGAACAGAGCUAACUCCUAGAUAUGACUGGUUCCAAACAGAUUCUACAGUCACAGUUGUAAUCUACACCAAACAAAAGAACAUUUUCUCAGAAUCUGUAAUUGUGGAUCAUCAAGAAAAUAUCCUGAGAGUAGAGAGCAUGCUGGUGAAUUAUUCAUAUCUUCUAUUUCUUGAGUUAAACCAUGUAGUGACGAAGGAAAUUACAGUCCACUGUACAGGAAAAACUGGAAAGAUUGAACUUGUGUUGCUGAAAGAGGAUCCUUUUGUCUGGAAGAUGUUGGGACAGCCAUUGGAAGGCCAUAAGACAUUUGUUAAAAUCAGCAGCAGAGGAUUUUAUUAUAGGAAAUGCAGACUAGUUUCAAAAACAGAUAUAAAUCACAAUACCAAACUGUUCUGCUUUGAGCUUCCUCAGGGAUGUCAUCUUCAUGUACCAGUUGGAUAUCAUGUAUACCUCAAGCUCAACAUUUCAGGGACAGAUAUUGUGAAGCCAUACACACCAGUGUUAAGCUCUUUACUUCCGGACACUCUUUCUUCACAGUGCAAUACUGAAAAGUGUAUUUACAUGAUGAUCAAAAUGUAUCCAAAUGGAAGUUUUACCCCACACAUUGAUCAUUUGGAAAUCGGUGAUUAUAUUUAUUUAAGCAAUCCUCAGGGUGAUUUUCAGAAAUCAAAGGUUGCAAUGCUGGAGGAUGUUUUUCUUUUAGCGGCUGGAACAGGUCUAACGCCAAUGGUUAAGCUGCUGAUGCACAUUUUAACUAAUGUUUAUAGCCUUAGGAAGCUGAAACUAAUUUUUUUCAACAAAACAGAAGAUGAUAUUUUAUGGAGAGAACAAAUUGAACAGCUGUGUUUAGCUGAUAAGAGAUUUGAAUCUCAGUUUGUCCUUUCCGAACCAACUGAAACUUGGACUGGAAGCCAGGGUCAGAUUUCACAUCAUCUACUUUCAGAGUCACUUACAAGGAGUAAAAAAGAAUCCAAAGUGUUAAUUUGCAUUUGUGGCCCAAAUGGGUUUGUCGAUCAAGGACUAAGGCUACUUCAGGAUCUUGGUUUUUCGAAAGAAGAAGUAUUUGUCUUCAGAGAAUAGUCACCCUUUCUUCACAUUACUUUCUAACAACCUG